ACAAACAUGGCAGCUUGCUGCUGCUGCUGCACAGUGUGCGAAGGUUGUUGUUAAUUUGAAAGGUUGUCACAGAAAUACAUUGAACAUGCUCGGCCUGACAAUAAGGGAGGUGUCUUUGGCACUCAGGGAGGGAAGAAUUUCCCCAACAGAGCUUUGUAGGAGGUGUCUGAACCGUAUCAAGAACACUCAACAUCUCAAUGCUUACAUUACUGUGACGGAGGAGUUGGCACUGAAGCAGGCUCUUGAGUCAGAAACCAGGCUGCUGCAAGGUGCCACCAAAGGUCCUCUGGAUGGAAUUCCCUUCGCAGUCAAGGACAACUUCUGCACAGAGAAUAUCAGGACCACAUGUGCUUCCCGGAUGCUCAGAGACUACACUCCACCAUACAAUGCUACAGUGGUGCAGAAGCUCAUGGACCAAGGCGCUGUUCUGGUGGGGAAGACCAACAUGGAUGAGUUUGCCAUGGGUUCAGGAAGUACUGAUGGGGCUUUUGGUCCAGUAAGGAACCCCUGGAGCUAUGCCGCUCCCUACAGAGAGCAGACAGGGGCAGAGCCCGACUCCGACUGGGUCGUCACUGGAGGAAGCUCAGGAGGAAGUGCAGCAGCCGUGGCCUCACUCACUAGCUACCUGGCUUUGGGUUCAGACACGGGUGGUUCUACUCGUAACCCAGGAGCACUGUGUGGUGUCGUGGCCCUGAAGCCGACCUACGGUCUGCUGUCCAGACAUGGUCUCAUCCCUCUGGUCAACUCCAUGGACGUCCCCGGCAUUAUGACCCGCAGUGUCAGUGAUGCAGCCAUAGUCUUAGGUAUCCUUCAAGGCCAUGAUACUAGAGACUCAACAACAAUUCCUGCCCCUUCAUCCCUGACAGAGCUACCUGAGGACUUUGAUGUCAAGAACAUCUGCAUAGGUAUCCCUAAGGAGUACCACGCCCCAGGGCUGUCUGAGGAGACUCUAGCUCAGUGGAGUCUUGUUGCUGAUAUGUUUGACAGAGCGGGGGCGAGGGUGAAGCAAGUAUCCCUCCCACAUACACAAUACUCCAUUGUGUGCUACCACGUCCUGUGCCACGCUGAAGUUGCAUCCAACAUGGCCCGUUUUGACGGCCUCGAAUACGGCCACCGUAGCGAGGUGAACAGCUCGACAGAGGCCAUGUACGCUUCAACCCGACAUGAGGGCUUCAAUGAUGUAGUGAGAGGGAGGAUUCUGUCCGGAAACUACUUCCUGCUUAAACAGAACUACCAGCACUACUUUGUUAAGGCCCAGAGAGUCCGCCGGCUGAUAGCGGACGAUUUCAAGCAUGUGUUCAGCUCAGGUGUUGACAUGCUGCUAACACCCACCACUCUGACUGAUGCAGCCCGUUACUCUGACUUCAAACAGGAAGACAACCGAACACGCAGUGCGCAGGAAGAUGUCUUCACCCAGCCCGUCAACAUGGCAGGUCUCCCUGCUGUUUCAGUACCAACCGCAUUAUCAAGACGAGGUCUUCCCAUUGGCUUACAGCUCGUUGGCCGUGCCGCCCAAGACAGGAAGAUGCUCAGUGUUGCUCAGUGGAUCGAGCAGAGGGUUGGGUUUCCCUCCAUCAGUGAUUGUGGAAACUCUAGCGAGGGCAGCAAUGACACAAGAAUGGUGGAACGGGAGCAGACUUCAGCUGUAUAAAGAGAACUGUGGACACAAGGACACACCUGUUGACAAAGUCACUAAUUACAGGCACAUAUGGACAAUGGACAUAUGGUUUAACCAUUAUGGACAUUGUUUACUUAUAAAAUGCCUUUUGGGGAUUUCAUCAGUGGGGUUAUCUAUCGAUCAUGCUGUAGUAGCUUGAACUUUCCUUGAUGGACUGAAAAGAACUGCAGCAUGUGAAAACCUCUUUAUUGUGCAACAUGCUUCACACUUUACCUGGAGGGAUGUGGUAUUCAAACAGUUAAAUGCUUCUGCAUUUGUUGUCUGUUGGUGCAACUAUUGCUAUUGAAUAAUUGCAAGUUGGGCGAUUUACUUUGACAGUGGUGUUUAUCAUGCGUCCAUGCAUUCAUGCAUGCAUGCACUGUUUAUAUUGGAUUGACUUAGUCAUUGUGAAGGCACUGAAACUUCUCUUAAGCGCUGUUGACAAGUCAAGAUGACACAUUUUCUGCUAAAAAUGUGUUAAUCUUGCAUCGGUUAACUUGUUGAUAGGAGGUUUUUAGCCAUGCUAUCAGAGUGGCCUCAAGGAUGGCAAUGUCAGUCUUUUGGAUGGUCAGUUGUUCCACUAGACUGAAAUAUCCCUACAAGAAUAAGAUGGAUUGCCUUUAUAUUGUGUACAUUUGUGAUCCCCAGAAGAUAAAUCCUAGAGACUUUGGUGAUCCUCCGACUUUUCAGCUGUACCAGCUCCGUGUUAAGUGAUAAUUAAUAAAUGUUAGCACGUUAACACACUGAGAUAAUUAGCAUGAUGAACAUUAUUCCUACAAAACAUCAGCAGAUUAACACUGUCACUGUGAACAUGUUAACAUUAGCAUUCAUCUUACAGGAGCUAUUUCUAAGUUUUGCUUAUGCUACAUG